AUGAAUUCGGCUGAUUCGGAGGAAUUGUCCAGAAUCAAGGAUGAGGGCCGCUACCUCCUCGCUGUCCCUAAGAAGGGCCGUCUGCAAGUUGAAACUCUCGACAUUCUCGGUGGCUCCGGCCUGAAAUUCCACCGCGAGCCACGCUCUGAUAUUGCGCUCGUUGAUGGCACAAACAUCGCCCUGAUCUUCCUCCCCGCCGCCGACAUCCCCACCUUUGUCGGUGAGGGCACCGUUGACAUGGGUAUCACCGGACGCGACCAGGUCGCCGAGCACGACGCCAGUCUUCCCGACGGUGAAGCCUCAAACGUGGAGGAAUAUCUCGAUCUCGAAUUCGGCGGCUGCAAGCUGCAGGUCCAGGCCCCCGUGAACAGCACUUACAAGAAGCCCGAGGAACUUGUCGGUCGCACUGUCGUGACCAGCUUCACUGCAAUCACCGAAGCGUACUUCCGCAAGCUCGAGGGUGUUGCGCCUGGCGAGAAGAUGAGCACCCACAUCAAGUAUGUCGGUGGAAGUGUUGAAACUGCUUGCAACCUUGGUGUCGCCGAUGGUAUCGUCGAUCUUGUCGAGUCUGGUACAACUAUGCGACUUGCCGGCCUUGGUCCCAUUGGCACCGUUCUCUCCACCACCGCCGUCCUGAUCAAGUCUCGCCAGGCAGACAUGGCCCGCAAGGACAACUUCGAUGUCCUUGAGUGGCUCGGCGCCCGCAUUCGUGGAUAUCUCGCCGCGAAGAAGCACGUACUUUGCCAGUACAACAUCCCCCGUGCCCAGCUGUCCAAGGCCUGCGUCAUUACCCCUGGCAAGCGUGCGCCUACCAUCACUGCCCUUGAGGAGGAGAACUGGGUUGCUGUCAGCUCCAUGGUGGUGAAGAAGGAAAUUCCCCGUGUUAUGGACGAGCUUACUGAGGUUGGCGCCACUGACAUUCUGGUGCUGGACAUCAUCAACUCUCGUGCUUAA